AUGGGCCCCGGGGAGGAGAAACUGAGGAAGGGGAGGAAGUACGUGCUGCGGAAAGAGGAGAAGUGCGUGGGAGACAGUCUACGUGUGCCUGCGGGUGGCCAGUGUAGCUGCGCCCGUGACUCACAGCAGUGGCCUCUGAGAGUGACGGCGACUGACAAACAGGUGAGCCUACGACACAAUCCCUCCCUCCCGGGGUCCGUGACUCACCGCGCCUCCCUCUACGCUCAUCCCUCCACUCCCUCCCUGACCCCCGCCGGCCGGGGGCGCCCGGCACACGCGGCAGCUCCCGCAGCCUCCCCGAGGGGGGAGCCCGAGGAGGAAGGCGACAAAUGUCACCUGCUCCGGCCACGCGAGGAACUUCUGAAAAGUUCUCAGGCAACUGGGUCAAAAGGAAACUCACCCGCGGACGCACGCCCCCGUCGCCUCGCCGCUCGCGCGCAAGCCCGGCUCUGUCCCCACUCGCGCCGAGCUCGGGGAGCCGUGACUUCUCUCGGGGUUACCGCGACAGGCGGGGGAGGGGAGCAGAAAACCUGCGACUCCCGCCGGCCGGGCCCCCGACCCCCGACUCCGGCCGCGGCACGAGGCAGGAGCGGCAGUGUCACUCGCGCUGAAUGCCCCCUCCCCAAAGUCCCGUCCUGCCGGGCCCGAGGCCCCUCGGGGCUCACCUGCAAUCCGGACGCUCGCGGAGGACAACGACGCGACCCGCGUCCCGGCCGGGGACGCCCCCCGCGCCGCGACUCUGUGCGUUCGGCCCGGCAGCCGUCGGUCCAGCCGCCCCUCGCUCUGCGCGUCCGGCAGCGGCUGCGGCGGCGGCGGGAGACUGGCUGCGCCCAGCCCCGCCCGCCGCUCCGCCCUCCUCGUCAGUGGAAAACUCCGGGGCUCACUGCGCUGACGCACGCCGGGCCUCCAGCCAGGCAGCCCGGCAGCCCCGCCCCGGAGGCGCCGCCUCCUCCCCCGCCUGGAGCCUGGCGCAGCGGCCUGGGGGCCUCCCUGCGGACUCUGACCCGGCCUUUCCUGACUCGGGGCCAACCCUCCCGGUACGACAUGCCCCGGCAACCAAGUCCUGGCCUGGGAGCCCACCCUCAGCCCCAUUUCCCAACCGCAGGUACGAGUCUACUCAUCACCUCGAGCGUUUCCACCCUCACGCUUUUACUGCAGCCGGUCUUCUCGACUGGAAUGCUCUCCUGCCCUCUCUCUGCUUACCAGAAUCCCAAUGCCUUUAAGGGCUCAGCUUGCACUGCCUCCUCCAGGGAGCCUUCGUGGGAGCCUGACCCUCCCCCUCCCCGUCCUGCUCCCGCUGCAUUCUGGGUUCUUCUGACUGUCCUAGAUGAAUGCUGUCAGCCACUAGCCCAGCCCUCAGGAUUCCAUUCUACCUUCCUCCAGGUUGGGGGUGGGGGUGACCUCCUGGCCUGCUUGGAUGGCAUCUGCGGUGGAGUUGAUGGUGAGAGCCCGUCUUCAGCCACAGAUGUGUAUGUAGAAUGGCAGGGGUCUGCUCCACUUUACCUUUCCUGCAAGAACAAUAGGAGGAAAGCAGGUUGGGGGAAGAUAAAGGCCCUAUCCUUCCGCAUGCGUUGAGUGUGUAC